AAGUAAUCAGCAAACAUGGGGGACGCGGAUAUGGCAGUUUAUGGCAAGGCUUCUAUCUACCUCCGCAAGCCUGAGAAGGAGAGAAUUGAGGCCCAGACCAAGCCAUUUGAUGCAAAGAGUGCUUGCUAUGUGCCUGAUAAAGAUGAAUUGUACUUGAAGGCUACAAUCAAGAAGAGGGAUGGUGGCAAAGUCACCGUUGAAUUGCUUGAAAGCAAGGAGGAAAGAACAGUUAAAGAUGACGAAGUCUGCCCCAUGAAUCCUCCCAAAUACGACAAAAUUGAGGACAUGGCCAUGAUGACCCACCUCAAUGAAGCCUCUGUCCUGUAUAACCUCAAAGAGCGUUACGCAGCAUGGAUGAUCUAUACCUACUCUGGACUUUUCUGUGUCACUGUGAACCCCUACAAGUGGCUCCCAGUGUACGACCCAGAGGUGGUGUCUGCCUACAGAGGCAAGAAGCGCAUGGAGGCCCCACCCCACAUCUUCUCUGUCUCUGACAAUGCCUAUCAGUUCAUGCUCCAAGACAGAGAGAACCAGUCUGUCCUGAUUACCGGAGAAUCUGGUGCUGGCAAGACUGUGAACACCAAGCGUGUCAUCCAGUACUUUGCAACAAUUGCAGUGUCUGGUGGUGACAAGAAGAAGCAAGAGUCAGCACCAGCAGACACUGGAAAAAUCAAGGGCUCUCUUGAAGACCAGAUUAUUGCUGCCAACCCACUGCUGGAGGCUUAUGGUAAUGCCAAGACUGUGAGGAAUGACAACUCCUCUCGUUUUGGUAAAUUCAUCAGAAUUCACUUUGGCACAACUGGGAAACUGGCUAGUGCUGAUAUUGAGACUUACCUGCUGGAGAAGUCUAGAGUGACAUUCCAGCUUCCUGAUGAGAGAGGCUACCACAUCUUCUUCCAGAUGAUGACCAACCACAAGCCUGAAAUCUUUCUUUAA